GCUUUGCUGGGCAGAUCUGGAAGGGGAGGGCUGGCUGGGGAGGGCUGAACUCCCUGCAGGAUCUGCAAGGCUCAGCGUGUCUUAGAUUUAAUCCUACCCCCACCCCGAGUUCAUCCCUCCUACUCCCCGCUACCCUCCCUUCUACCCAGGCCCCAGCCUUCCUGCUCCUACAGCUAGAUGGACUUCUCUGUGGGCCUACGCUUGGGGCCUAGGAAAAAGAAGGUUGCCUACCAAGAGCCCCCUACACCCUCUGGGCACGGUCCACCAACUACCUUUCCCUGCCUGCCCUGUCACCCCUCUGCGUGUACCUGCUCCUGCCCUGCCUGUCCCCCUCCCACCUACUCCUGCGUUGCCUGUCCCUCCUAUGCAGCUACCUGCCCAUCCUGUCCCAGCCUCCCUGGGCCACCCUGCACCUGCUCCUGCCCUCCUUGCCCUGCCUGUCCUCCCUUGACUUGUCCCCAUACCUCCUGUGUCCCCUGCUCCGGUCCACCCCUGACCUGCUGCCACUCCUCCUCUUGUCCCAUUUACCCUUGUUCCAAGGGCCAAGGUGCCUGUUGGAGUUCCCGGAGUUCCCACCUGGCCUGUAGUGAUAGCUAUGGCUGUUGCCAAGGGGCAGCUUGCGGGCUUCCAGCCUCCACUUGUUGCUGUAACUUCUGCCUAAGGAGACGGCGUGCUUCUCAGGGGCGCUGUCUGAUUGUCUAGAUGAACUGCUGCUCUCCGAGAGACUAUGGGUCUCCUGAAACACUUCUGAAGCUGCUUCCUCAGGCAGGAGCUCUAAGCAGAGUGGGGAGAGGGAUCAGCUGGACCCCUGCCCAGGCAAGGAAAGGCAGCAGGUUACCCAGAACCCCUCUUCCCCAGGCCUGGGGGACAGGGAGCGUCUGCUUUGAAGAUAGUUUCUGGGCGUGCUAGUGCUGGUUCCAGAACCUCCUCUUCUGCAACUUCUGGAAUGGAAAGUGAAGCACCCUUACAGCCCCUGAAGGACAGCCAAAUAGCUCUUACUGAUGGAGACAACCUCUUAUUUAAAGAAGACUUCCAGCUAAUAUGGAAGGAUUAUGGGAGAAAAAAAUCACCAUUUUGCAAUUCCCAAUGAAUUAAAGCAAGAAUCAUGUAUGGGUAAAUCAAAGAUGAUGAUUGAUGAAGACUUUUGCAAUGGAAGAACCAAGCUGCCACCAUCUGAGCCCACUGAUGAGUCUUAGCAUCACUAAAAAGCAACAUAAACAGAUGCCAGGUACCUCCUGAUGUGAUACAGUUUGAAGCACUCAGCAUCAAGGAGUGAUGUUUCUCCUAAACAAGGAGACAACCAAGACACUGAAGAUGAAUCUAAUCAAAUCUCCAGAGCUAACUUCCAUUUCAUGGGAAAUUCAGGAGAUGGAGGCUCAUGUGAAAUAUCACUGAAGAAGUAAGCAGAUGCAUCCCAAACGUGGGACAUUCUAAAGGAAAUCUGACCCAGUUUCCUCAAGUAGUCAAUGGCUUAAGGGGGGAGAGUUAGAAGGGUUUUAAAAAGACAACUAUAGGGCUGAGGGUGUAGCUUGUAGUGGUAGAGGCUUUGCCUAGUGUGUGUGUGAUGUUCUGGGUUAAUCCCCAGCAACACACACACACACACACACACACACACACACACACACACACAUAAGACCAACUACUUACACAGAACAUGUGGACUUCUUUCAGUUCGUGAUUUGUAGAACCAACUAUAAAAAGAUAUUUUCAGACAGUUGGGAACAUUUAAUUGUGGACUGGGUAUUUAUGAUGCCAAAGAAUCAGUGCUAAUUUUGCUAGUUGUAAAAAUGGCCCUGGAAAAAAAAAAAAAAAGGGCCCUGAAGUUAUAUAAGAGAAGGUCCUUAUUUCCUAGAGACACAUGCUGACAUGUACAAUAAAGCAAAUUCUUUAAUUUUAAAUAUUUCAGAAGAAAAUUAAGAACAGAAAGAAAAGAGUAGAGGGCACAAACAGUGACAAAAUUCAUAAUUGUUGAAUUAGUAUAUGUGGGUUCAUAGAA